AUGCCUCAYAAAAAUGAAAUGACACUGCAAAUUUGUAACAUUGGUAUAAAAUGACGCUCAUGAUGCAUCAGCAUUUUAUACGAGAAGAACUAGAUACGAGGUUAGGCUAUCAUGGCAGACRAAAAUGUCGAUUUAAUGGCCAUUGGACGCCAUUGCUUUGUUUCGUCGUGUAAGAGACUGGAUUUCUURCCGUUCACCUGUGGCCAUUGUAAAGAAAUAUUGUGUCUUGAGCAUCGUAUGCCUGAUGGACAUAAUUGCCAAGAAGUAAAAGCAAGUGAUGUAUAUGUUCCUGUUUGUCCAUUAUGUGGUGAACUUAUAAAGAAAUCUAAAAAUGAUGAUAUUAACGAGCAGGUUGAAAAACAUCUCCUCAGUGGCUGUAAAGAGCUUGUUAUCAARAAAUCAAAGAAAACUAACAGAUGUUCAUUAAAAGGCUGUAGACAAAAUGAAAUCAUGCCUUUCUACUGUAAUCAAUGYGGGAAAAAAUUUUGUGUUAGRCAUAGACAUGCUCAAGACCAUUCAUGCACAACACUUAGAGUACCGCUUGUUACUUGCAGCUGAGCGACAUACAAUAUAUUGUUACUACCCAUAAUUACAGAAUGUUAUUAGUAUSUACAAAGAAGACACUCAGAUUUCUACUCAAAUUGCCUAUAAUUGUAAUUAAUAAAAAUGCAAGCAAUAAAUUUCUUUACAUCAGAUAAAUUAAAUAUUAAUUAAUAAAAAGAUUAUGUUGAAAAUGUGUAUAAUAUGUAGAGUGAAGUCAAUGAACCCGUGAAAUACAUAUUUCACUAUUACAUGUUAUUACUUGAUAAUUCCAU